AUGAAAAACACGGUAUGGAAUAUUUUAUUGUUGAUUACGGGUGUAUGGUGUUAUAAAGAGUACAAGCAUGAGAGGCAGAUGGAACGGCUUCCAACACACAUCAUUCCCAUUCGUUACACUAUAACCUUAGAACCGGAUAUAGGCACACGAAAAUUUGUCGGGCAGGUUCAAAUUGAAGUUGAGGCAAAAAAACGAACCAACGUCAUAACUUUGCACUCAAACAAGUUAGAUGGAUUUAAUGAAACUAAUGUAAUCGUAUCCGCCACCAAUGGAGGGUCAAUUGGGACCAAGGAAGUUGCCCUAGAUGCUGGUCGGCAAUUUUUAGUAAUCAAUCUUAAAAAGUCGCUAAGUGAAGGAGCGAGGUACUUAAUAAACUUCGCAAGCUUUACUGGUCAAAUAUCGGCGACGGAUAAGACAGGAUUUUAUUUGGCAACGUACCAUGACAACGCUAAUAGAAUACACGAAUUUGCGACAACGCAAUUCCAAACCAUUGGAGCUCGAAGAGCUUUUCCGUGUUUCGAUGAGCCGCACUUUAAGGCCAACUUUACUAUUCACUUAAUUAGGCCCAAGGAGUAUAUGUCGUUGUCCAAUGAGGAACUAGUUUCCUCCAGGAAGUACCUUCAAACCGAAAAGUACAUAGACUCUUACCGCGAAACGAGAAGAAUGUCGAGCUAUCUGGUUGCAUUUGUCGUAAGCAAAUAUAUUUCCACGGAAACGCGUCAGGGGCAACGCGUGUUUGCUGACGAAGACUCGAUCAGGAAUGGUGAUGGAGAAUACGCGCUGAAAUGGGGAAUUACAGUUCUUAAAAAACUGGAAGAAUUCACUGGGAUUAGAUACACGUUCAGUAAAUUAGACCAAAUUGCCAUUCCAGAUAAGGACUAUGCGUUUGGGGCCAUGGAAAAUUGGGGCUUAGUAACUUACAAGAAAAGCUCGCUGGUGUACCCACAACAAGAACAAACUACAGCUGGACGCGUACGUACUGUUUCACUUAUCGCGCAUGAGUAUGCCCAUCAGUGGUUUGGUAAUUUGGUUACUUGUUCUUGGUGGAGUUACACGUGGGUGAACGAAGGAUUUGCGGAAUAUUUUGAAUUUUUUCUUCCUACAAUGCUAAAUUGGAACAUGGAAGGUCUGUUUGUAAUGGAUUCGGUUCAUGCAGCUUUAGCGAAAGAUAGCGCGAAAGACACAGUGCCGAUGAACACUGAAACGGCCCCUUCAAUAAUCAAUUAUCAAAAAUCCUCGUCCGUUAUAAGAAUGCUGAACCAUGUUGUCACAGAGGACGUCUUCGUAAGUGCACUGAAGAGUUACUUAGAAGAACACGCGUACACUCCAGUUACACCAACAGAUUUAUAUAUGUCAUUCCAAAAGACCUUAGAAGAGAAAAAAUUGACAAACUUAACCCAUGGCGUUACGAUAGUAAAAAUGAUGGAGACUUGGGACUCCCAGCCGGGAUAUCCCGUACUGAGCGUUUUCAGGAAUUACAACACCGGGGUGAUAAGUCUAUCUCAAAAACGGUUCUUCACUGAAGACUCCACCGGUACUGAUCAAUCCGUCUGGCAUAUACCCAUAAACUUUGUUACGGAAGUGAAUCUAAAUAGUGACAGCUAUACAAGCACCGUUGCUACGAGCUGGUUCCAUGAGAAAACGGGAGAACUACACGGUAUGCCGACGAAAGGGUGGAUACUGUUUAACAAGCAGCAAACUGGUUAUUAUAGGAUCAUGUACGACGAAGAGAAUUGGAGGCGCCUAACUGAGGAGUUGAUUAACAAAGACCAUACUAAAAUUCACACGUACAAUAAGGCCCAACUGAUCGACGACUCCUUCACUUUCGCUAGCGUUGGCCAAAUGAAGUACAACGCGACACUUGAACUAACCACUUUUUUGAAGGGUGAAAAAGAGUACGUGCCCAUUGCCACAUUUUUGAAACACGCGGGAAUUAUGGGAGACAGAUUGGCGAAUUCGACUGACCGGGAGAAUUUUAAGAUUUAUUUGAACAACAUUUUGAAUGGAACUGCACUUCAAGUGCUCGGUAUGACUGAAAAGGGCAAUGAGGCGAUUACUGCCGAAUAUUUGAGGGUAAUGCUGAUGGAGUGGUUAUGCAAGUUUGGCAACAAGCAUUGUAAUAGCCAUGUGACGGAGAUGUUCAAUGGUGCCUCUCAGAUUCCUCCAAACUUACAGAGUGUGGUAUAUUGUGGUGCGGUACGUGCCGGUACUCCGGCCGAAUGGAUCAAACUGUAUAAAUUGUAUCAUUCAACCAAACACGCACUGCGGAAAUCCAGAGUAUUAAUCGGCCUCAGUUGCACGGAAGACAAAGACUCGUUGGACAAUUCUUCCUUGCCGACCAUUUUGAACAAUAUUGCCACUAAAUUACAUAGCGUUGAGCACGUAGAUGCGUUUACGAACCUCGCUAAGGAAAAUCCAAAACAAGCAGACGCCAUUAACUCUGCCAAAAAAAUCAUCCAAGCAAAUGUAGAUUGGAAUACGAAGUAUGGAGACAUCGUUCAAGAAUGGCUUAAAUCCUACGUCGAUAAAGUGAAUAACACGGAGAAUGGUGCAGUUAAGCUUGGUUCCAGUCUUAAGCUUCUUCUAGGAACGCUAAUUGUGUAUGCCGUCACUAAUAUCAUACAUUAA